AUGAAGUUCUCUAGAAUCGCGCUGCUGGGCACAGCUUCCCUCGCGCUCGCCCAGCAUCAUAACCAUGCUCGCCAUCAUGCCCGGCACGGCUCUCCUGUCGAAGGACGAGACAUCGUUACUGUCACAAGCGUGGAUCCAACGACGGUGACCCUAUACGAGCUCAAUGGCGAAUUCCUCGAUUGGGCUGUGGUUGAAGCUGGACUCAAGUCUGGAAUUUACGUCCUCAUGGGUGACGCAAUCUCCACCGUUAUUCCUGCAACUACCUCUACUCCGACGCCAACUCCGUCAGCGGUCUUCUACCAGGAGAAGAGCAGCACCAAAACUACUCCUACCUCCACCUACGUCGCUCCGACUACUACCACCGCUCCUCCUCCGGCGGCCACUACCACCGAAGCUUCCUCAACCUACAGCUCAUCUCCAGGUAGUUGGCCUGAUUUCGUCAGCGGUAAAGUCAAGUGCAGUCAUUUUCCCUCUGAAUAUGGUCCUGUGGCUGCGGAUUGGCUUGAUCUUGGAGGCUUCACUGGAGUUCAGUCAGUGAAUAGCGACUUCGAACUGGCUGUCUCGGCUGCCAUCUCUUUCAUUUCCACUGGCCUCUCUGGCAGUGGCUGUACUGCAAACUCCUUCUGCUCUUACGGAUGUCCCGCCGGAUACCAGAAGUCUCAAUGGCCAGCGGCGCAAGGAACCACUGGGCAGUCUAUUGGAGGUCUUUACUGCGGCAGCGAUGGGUACCUGCACCUUUCGCGCGAGGAAUACCCGCAACUCUGUACACCUGGUGUUGGAAACGUUUUCGUCAAAAACACUCUCAGCAGCAACGUUCCCAUCUGCCGAACCGAUUACCCUGGUACCGAGUCCGAGACCAUUGCACUCAAUGUACUGCCUGGAACGACCGAUGCACUCACCUGUCCUGAUGCCAAAACCUACUAUGUCUGGGAGAACUCUUACACGUCCGCUCAAUACUAUGUCAACCCCGCCGGAACCACUGUUGGGGACGCCUGCGUUUGGGGUUCUCCUGGUGGCAACGUUGGUAACUGGGCUCCCGUCAAUAUUGGUGUUGGAAAGGCCAUCACUGGUGAAACAUUCAUCUCCAUGUUCCAGAAUGCUCCAACAAACCCAGACGGCAAGCUUAACUUCAACAUCGAGAUCGACGGAGGGGUCAGCGGUAGAUGCACCUACAAGAAUGGAGUCUUCUAUAGCAACGGUGUCGUAUCAUCGACGGGCUGCACACGUGGUAGCAACAUUGAAUUUUACUCUCAUUCGAUUCGAUCCGUGUAA